AUGGCUUCUCCCGGUCCCCUCGCCAGCCUGCUCCGCUGCCCCUCGAUUGAUAGCUACAUCUCCUCCUACAUGUCCUACUUCUUCCCAUGCUUCGCCCCCGGAAACAACACCGCCAUCGACGUUGUCCCCUCAUUCCCAGACGAGAAGAAGAUGAGCGUGCUCCACACGCAGGACAUCAAAGCGCCCCGUCCGGCCGCCAUACAAGACGAAGUGGUCCGGCGCCCGUACAGCAGCCCGGUCAUGGCGGCGCGGCAGUACCAGCAGGGCGAGCUGCGAAACAUGACGACCGAGCAGCUCAUCAGGCUGCAGCACGAGGCUGCGGAUGACCGGUGA